GCGGCGGCCCCGCCCCGCCCCGGCUCCGGCGGCGCGCUCGCGCAGGCGUUGCACCUGGCGCCCUCUUCGGGGCUCCCCGUCUCCAGGACAACCGGCCUCGCCGCGGCGCCUCUGCCAUGGUUUUCUCAAAUAAUGAUGAAGCCCUUAUUAACAAAAAACUACCCAAAGAACUUCUGUUAAGAAUAUUUUCUUUCUUGGACAUAGUUACUUUGUGUCGAUGCGCACAAGUUUCCAAGGCAUGGAAUGUUUUAGCUUUGGAUGGAAGCAAUUGGCAAAGAAUAGACCUCUUCAACUUUCAAACGGAUAUAGAGGGUCGAGUUGUGGAAAAUAUAUCGAAAAGGUGUGGUGGGUUCCUGAGACAACUUAGUCUGAGAGGAUGUCUUGGUGUUGGAGACUCCUCCUUAAAGACCUUUGCACAGAACUGUAGAAACAUCGAACACUUAAAUCUAAAUGGGUGCACAAAAAUCACUGACAGCACGUGUUACAGUCUUAGCAGAUUCUGUUCCAAGCUGAAACAUCUGGAUCUGACAUCUUGUGUAGCCAUCACAAACAGCUCUUUGAAAGGCUUAAGUGAGGGUUGCAGAAAUCUGGAACAUUUGAAUCUUUCCUGGUGUGAUCAGAUUACGAAGGAUGGUAUUGAAGCACUGGUGAAAGGGUGUAGUGGACUAAAAGCUCUAUUUCUUAGAGGUUGCACACAGUUAGAAGAUGAAGCAUUGAAACACAUUCAAAAUCACUGUCAUGAACUGGUGAUCCUGAAUUUGCAAUCCUGUACGCAAAUUUCAGAUGAAGGCAUUGUCAAAAUCUGUAGAGGAUGCCACAGACUUCAAUCACUCUGUGUUUCAGGCUGUAGCAACCUGACAGAUGCUUCUCUCACAGCACUUGGUCUAAACUGUCCAAGGUUGAAGAUUUUGGAAGCUGCAAGAUGUUCACAUCUUACAGAUGCUGGUUUUACCCUUUUAGCACGGAAUUGCCAUGAGCUGGAGAAGAUGGACUUGGAAGAGUGUGUUUUGAUAACCGACAGCACAUUGAUACAACUUUCUAUACACUGUCCUAAGCUACAAGCAUUGAGCUUAUCUCACUGUGAACUGAUCACCGAUGAUGGGAUUCUGCAUCUGAGCAACAGUACUUGUGGUCAUGAGAGGCUGCAGGUCCUGGAGCUUGAUAACUGCCUCCUCAUCACUGAUGUGACGCUGGAGCACCUGGAGAACUGCCACAACUUGGAGAGAAUUGAGCUGUAUGACUGCCAGCAAGUGACACGAGCUGGAAUCAAGCGGAUCAGAGCUCAUCUACCUCAUGUGAAAGUCCACGCUUACUUUGCUCCAGUAACUCCCCCGCCAUCAGUAGGAGGGAGCGGACAGCGCCUCUGCAGAUGCUGUAUCAUUCUCUGACAGUAAGUGCAACCACACAGCAGAUUUCAUUGUUGAUGUUGAAGAGAAUGGGACUGCAAGGCAGUGGAAGGAGUUGGUUUCCUGACAGUCCUAACAGUGGUGUUUGGUCAUCCAGUUUUGUGACAAGAAAAGCGUUUUUUUUCCAGGUAAAACUCUUACCAUAAUGUGCAGCUGUGGAUUAAGUUGGUGAUGCUUCAGUUUGUAUUAGCAACUCCUUCCUUCUGUUGGCAUGAGAACUGAAAUGCUGUGUAAAACGUGCAGGCCUUUCAGCUUAGCAGUUACUUGGUGGAAGUUCACUAAACUUGGAAGUUAAUUUGCAUUUGUAAGCACUUCUCGGUGUGAAGUUGUGUAACCUGACGUGGGGCUCAAGCCUGUUUCACCACAGAACCGAACCUGCUGUUCUGUAACAUGUAUGACAGAUUAAGCACCGGGUUUAAAGACAAAUCAGCUUUAGCAGAUGUUGACCAAAAACCGCAAGGUAAUCAUGAGCUCUUGCAGCCAAACAGCUUAUACCUUUUCAUGAGUCAGCUUUGUAUUUAAUUACACACGGGGACACAAUAGGUAAUGUCAAAGGUAAGGUAGUACCUCUAGGUAACUGUAUAAAUAGAGAUACUUCCCAAGUUUCUGAGCUUGGUUAAGUUGGUGUAAAGCUUGCCUGUCACUGAAGCAUGUUUUACACCCAGUGCCAUCAGCCUUUACACGGGGAGAGCAACCUGCUGUGGGUGGAGCUGAGUGGCUGCUGCAGCCACAUGGUGCUUCCUGCAGCACUGCUCCUGCUGUCCUUACUUACCUCCUUGGGCUGUAAGGGAAAGAUGCUGCUGUUCUAGAAGAGAGGGUACUCAUGCUUUGCUACAGCUGAAGAAUGGAAGCCAGGUUCAGUUAUGGGAACUAUGACUGGAUGGAGUAAGGAAUUCCAGCUGUUUGUCACACCUGGUCUUGGGGCACAGCAAGCCGAUGGGCAGAUAAAGCUGUAGGCAGGAGUUGAACCAAACCUGUGGUUUUCAAAUGUAGAAAGCCAAACUCUUCACAUCUGGGUUACUUGAGAAGCUGUCAACAUCUGAAUUACAAGAAUAGUAACAUUCUGUGUAUUGACUCUUAAGGCCAUCCUUAGUUCUUCAGUGCUAGAGGAUUAGAUGAACUUUUUUAUCUUAAGCAACUUAAUGAUCUGAGAAACUACUCAACAGAGUUCAGAAAGAAACCUUUUUUGUGUAAGAUUGAUUGUGUGUGUGUGUAUGUCUUAAAGAGUUCAGGGCCUGUGUGUUUACUGAAGAUUAAUAGAAGUAGUGGCUUAAAAAGCAGUUGGAGAAGCUACUUCUGGGUAGUACUGCAAUUCCCCCACAUAUUUAAAGCUACUUUUUAAAAGAAGUGUGAAUGUGUUUCAGAUAAGGACAGUAACUGGAAGCCUCAGCUUUGAGGUUAAGUUACAGGUUAGAGUGCAGCAGUACAUGGAUUACUACUACAAAAUAAGGUGGUCAGAGCUUGUUUUACACAGCAGUGGUGGAGUGCUGCUUGUUACCAUCAUGCUUCAAGUUCCAUUAGGAUACAUCCUGCUGUAACAGAGAGUUUUAAGCAGAUUUUCUUGUCACCUGUACCACGAAGGUCACCAGUACCAGUACGUCAAGUUGUAAUGCCCUUUGUUGGCUCAUCUUUUUUUCUAAGAUCAUAAUGACCCCUGUAAGUCUAUUGCAUUUAAGAUGUACAAACCCAAACGGAAUCUACUCUGGUAUAAGCCACUUAAAUAAACAAUCAGCUGAUGUCA